CUUCAGUGGAGGUGCAGGUUAGACCGAGGACAGUUCUGUGGAUGUCCUCUCAAGGACGGACUGGUUUGGAGUUUUCUUGAAGCAAAGUGACUUCUUCUCUUUCCUGGAAGAUCCCCGCGCCGGACGUCCAUGUCUCCAGCUCUCGCCAGGUCGGCUCCCAGUGAGCUCAACCACUGGUGGACUCAGCUGAAGUUCCGCCUGCAGAACAAGAAAGGAUGGAACGAGAUGUUGGAUGAGACCUUCCUGCUGCAGACCAAGUGCACCGACGACAUUCCACUGUUCUACGCGGCCAAGAGGAACAGUGUCAGCUGCAUCCAGAAGCUCCUCACCUGUUCCUCCACAAACAUCUUUGAGAGAGGGGCUCUCGGUGAGACGGCGCUCCACGUCGCCGCCAUGAGCGACAAUCUGGACGCCGCAGUGGCCCUGAUGGACGGAGCCCCCGACCUCGUCAACGAGCCCAUGACCUCGGACCUCUUCCAUGGUAUGACUCCUCUCCACGUGGCCGUGGUCAAUCAGAACCUGGAUUUGGUUUAUCAGCUGAUCAGUCGUGGGGCGGACGUGGCGACGCCCAGAGUCACCGGAUUGUACUUCAGGAAGAGGAUAGGAGGACUUAUUUACUGUGGCGAGCACAUCCUGGCUUUCGCUGCCUGCACCGGCAACGAGGACAUCAUCUCCAUGAUCAUCGAUGCAGGGGCGAGCACCAGGAUCCAGGAUUAUCGGGGUAACACGGUCCUUCAUAUUUUGGUCCUGCAGCCCAACAAAACCAUCGCGUGCCAGGCCAUGGACCUGAUCAUGGCCCGUGACGCGGAGCUGGACCAGCCGGUGCCUCUCGACAUGGUGGACAACUUCAGAGGGGUCACGCCCUUCAAGCUGGCCGCCAAGGAGGGCAACCUGGUGGCUUUUCAGCACCUGGUGAACAAAAGGCGUUUGGUCCAGUGGAGUCUGGGACCUUUGACCUCUCACCUCUACGACCUCACCGAGAUCGACUCGUGGGCCGACAACGUGUCGGUGCUGGAGCUGAUCGUGGGAAGCCCGCAGAAAGAGGCCCGGGGGAUACUGGAGGUGACCCCAGUGAGGCAGCUGGUCAGCCUCAAGUGGAACCUCUACGGCAAGCACUACUUCAGGCUGCUGAUGGUGCUCUACCUGCUCUACAUCGGGACCUUCACACUCUGCUGCACGUAUCGCCCCCUGAAGGACGCGCCGGAGAACUACUCCAUGUCAGAAAUGGACAAAACCACCCGAGUCCAAAAGACGCUCCAUGAGAGUUAUGUGAGCAAGGAGGACAGCCUGCGCCUGGUAGGUGAGGUCAUCAGCCUGCUGGGAGCCUUGGCCAUCCUCGUGCUGGAGAUCCCUGACAUCCUGAGAGUGGGCGCCAAGCGUUACUUCGGUCAGACAGCACUGGGCGGCCCCUUCCAUGUCACCCUUGUGAGCUACGCAUGCCUGGUGGUGCUGCUGUGCGUGUUCAGAGCGUGUGGCGUGCAGGGCGAGGCCGAGGUCAUGGCCUUGUGUUUGGUGCUGGGCUGGAGCAACGUCAUGUUCUUCGCCCGCGGCUUUGAGAUGCUGGGCCCGUACGUCAUCAUGAUACAGAAGAUUAUAUUCGGAGAUCUGACCAAGUUCAUGUGGCUGAGCUUCAUAGUUCUGCUGGGCUUUUCAACCUCCCUGUGGAUGGUGUACAUGACCCAGGAUCCGGAGUCCCUCCCGGCGUAUCGCUCCUUCCCCAUCACGCUCUUCUCCCAGUUCGAGCUCAGCGUGGGCCUCAUCGACCUGCCGGUGGACCACUCCUUCGCCACGCCCCCUAUCGUCCACGUGCUGCACUGCGCCUUCUCCGUGGUGUCCUACAUCCUCCUGCUCAACCUGCUGAUCGCCAUGAUGAGCGACACCCACUGGCGGGUGGCCCAGGAGAGAGACGAGCUGUGGCGGACUCAGGUGGUGGCGACGACGCUGAUGCUGGAGAGGAGGCUGCCCCGCUGCCUUUGGCCCCGACUCGGAGUGUGCGGGCUCAGCUACGGUCUCAAAGAGCGCUGGUACCUCCGGGUGGAGGACAGGAACGAUCCCAUGAUGCAGAAGAUGCGGCGAUACAUCAAAGUGUUUUCCAGGGAGGAGGAAAAGGACCAGGAAGAGGCGCAGAAACCCGAGUCCAAGCCCAAGCCCAAGGUCAGACCCCAGAACAGGCGAUGCCUGUCGGGCUGGCAGAUGAUUCGUCAGAGCGCUUUGGGUUUGAAAAAGCAGCUGGAGGAGGACGAGCUGGAGGUCUUCUGAAAUAAUUUUCAUAGUUUUGGCAGUUGGUCUUGCAAUAUUACACCAUAGAAGAGUGCAGAUUUGUAUUUUUAUAGCAAUACAAAAUAUAAUCAUGUAGAGAUGUUCAUGUAAGAUAAGCAGGAAUGAAAUCAAAG